AUGGGCGUAGCGCGGGGGACUCCAAUGGGAAAGCCGUCACUGAGCGGCGAUGUUGAGAGAAAGAGUGUAAAGGAGAAAGAUGGGCAUUUCACCGCGCAGGGUCAACGCGCUCGCUGUACUGUCGCUGAUUAUGCCCCAAUUGCAAUAUGUGGGUCUAGGCCGGCGUUCGUCGACCUGCGUGACACACUUAGCGGCGCCUGCACACGAUCACAGUGCUUUCACGCCCCACGCUCGGGGGUGGGGAGCGAUACGCUUGCAGAAAGC